AUGGAAACAGGUUCUUGGGAAGACGCUUUUUACUCCGUAAUACCGAAGAGGAAGCUUGAGGCUGACCAGAGGAAAGCAGUGGCAAUUGAUGAGCGGGACGGAGAUAGCGAAGUCGGGUUCAGGGAAGGUCGUGAAACGUCUACGAACGUCUCUUCUGAAGAGAGGGGAGCAACGUCAAAUGAAACAACACCAAAGAAGUGA